AUGCACACGUACAUGCCCGGAGAUCUAACGAGCUGCGCCUCUCCGCAUGCCCAGCGCAUCCUACAGCUCAAUUUUGCCGCAGAAAAAGUGCUUCUUCUCAACCGCUUGGUACUGGCCGUCAGUGAGCAGCUGGAGAAGGUGCGCGAAGCAUUAGGCGCGUACAGGAGGGGCGAAGCGGGGGGGACAGUUACGGCUUCCGCCACAGCCAGCAGCAAUACGAGCAUGAUGAGUGAGCCCUGCGGGUUCUUGGAUGAUUGGUUUCUGAUUGGGGAGUCCUUCGUUGCCCUCGACGCCGAACAGAUUUGCGUCUUUCUGUGGCAACACCGAGAGAGACUCCAGCGCAGACGCAGCCGUCUCCUCACCGAGCGACGCGGGGCCCUGCGAUCGCUGCUGUCGCUUUCCCCCUCGGCAGAGGAAAUUGCAAAUAGUGACUGGGGAUUUCUGCUGCAGCAAGCAGAGACAGAUCGAGACAUGCCUUCCAGUGACUCCGACUAG